AUGAUGUCUGAGCGAGCUCUGCUCAAGGAGCGUUACCAGGAGGUGCUGGACAAGCAGAGGCAGGUGGAGAACCAGCUACAGGUGCAGCUGAAGCAGCUCCAGCAGAGGAGGGAGGAAGAGAUGAAGAACCACCAGGAGAUCCUGAAAGCCAUCCAGGAUGUCACCAUCAAGCGGGAAGAGACAAAGAAGAAGAUGGAGAAAGAAAAGAAGGAGUUCCUGCAGAAAGAGCAGGACCUGAAAGCAGAGAUUGAGAAGCUCUGUGAGAAAGGCAGAAGGCUGCUGAAGGAGCAGGAGGAGAAGGAGAACAAGAUUGCUUCUCUGAUUGCCGAGCAGUCGGAUGAAAAGCAGCUCUGGGAGAUGGAGCUUGAUAAGCUGAAGAACCAGCACAAUGAGAUCAACAGGAACAUUCUGGAGGAGACGGAGCGGGCCUGGAAGGCAGAGAUCCUGUCCCUGGAGAGCCGGAAGGAGCUGCUGGUGUUGAAACUAGAAGAAGCAGAGAAGGAAGCAGAGCUGCACCUCACCUACCUCAAUUGUGCUUGCAGGUCUGCACCACCCACGCUGGAGACCAUGAGGCCAAAGCAGGAGUGGGAGAUGAGGCUGAACAGGAUACGAAUCACCAAGGAAAAUGUCCGAGAUCAGUUCAACGACCACAUUCAGAUGGUGAGGAAUGGGACGAAGCUGAGCAGCCUCCCACAGAUCCCGACCCCCACGCUGCCACCUCCGCCCUCAGAAACAGAUUUCAUGCUGACAGCAUUCCAGCCCAACCCAUCCCUCACCCCCAGGCUCCCAUUCCCCAUCGGACCAGUUCCCGUUCCCAUGGUCAUGCCAAGCGCCGACCCCCGGACGCUCUCCUUCCCUCUCCUCAACCCUGCCAUCUCCAGGCCCAACCAGCCCUCCCCGCCACUCCCUGCUUCCCAGGGCAGGAGCAGCCCAGUGGUGGGAUCUCUGCUGGGCACACACAGCCCUCACAUGCCUCCUGCUGCCUCCAUCCCUCCUCCACCCGGCCUGGGAGGGGUUAACGUGGCUCCCGAGUUCCACAGGCCGCAGCCAGUGGAUAAGCUGGAGAAGCUGCUGGAGAAGUUGCUGACUCGGUUUCCACAGUGCAACAAGGCCCAGCUCACCAACAUCCUGCAGCAGAUCAAGACAGCUCGAAGGACCAUGGCAGGUCUGACCAUGGAGGAGCUGAACCAGCUGGUGGCAGCCAAGCUGGCAGAGCAGCAGGAACGGGCAGCGGCCGGAGCACAGCCUCUCACUCGAAUCCGGGCCCCCAUGUUCUCUGCUCCUCUGCCUCAGAUCAGCACCCCCAUGUUCCUGCCCCCAGCUGCCUACCCCGGAGCAGCCUCCCACGCCCCAGCUGCCUGUAAGCUGUGUCUCAUGUGCCAGAAGCUGGUGCAGCCUGGUGACCUGCACCCCAUGGCCUGUUCGCAUGUGCUGCACAAGGAGUGCAUCAAAUUCUGGGCACAGACCAACACAAAUGACACUUGUCCCUUUUGCCCCAGUCUCAAAUGACGGCUCCUCGAACAAAGCGGUCCCGCCCGGGGGGUUGCUGUGAAUAGACAGGAUCAGUUCUAAGAUUUCUACAGUUCUAUAUUUAUACGACCAUGUAUACACAUGUACAUUUUUAUUAUAUAGGUAAUGUGUGUAUAGAAAGUCUGUAUACAUACAAAUUCAUAAAUAAAAGUGUGUAUAUUAUGCAGUGA